AUGGCCGACAAACGUGAUGCUGGCGAGCAAAGGCGUUAUGAACCUGAGUCUGGAAAAGAUAAAGAUCAAGAGAAAAUUGUACCUGUAGAUAGGAAAAAAAUUUGUCCCUUUCUCUUAAGAGUAUUUUAUAACGUUGGAAGGCAUUAUAGAAUGGAAGAAUAUUCUAGAGGUAGAGUUCCAAUGAACGAAUUACAAAUUUACACGUGGAAAGAUGCUACUUUAAAAGAACUGAUGGGUUUGAUUAAGGAGGUUAAUAGCGAUUCAAGACGUAGAGGCACGUUCUUUGAAUUUGGUAUUGUCUAUCCAGAUAAGCGUGGUGGUUAUAGAUUAAGAGAUAUCGGUAAAACUAUCUCUGGCCAAAAAAGCGAAGGAGACCAAAUCACUCUUGGUGACCAAUUUCAAAUUGGUGAUUAUUUAGACAUCGCAUUAGUACCACCGCGUAUGAGACGAAGUCGACCAUACUAA